GGCUUGUUGUCGUAUUGCACGGUUCCCCUUCUUUUCAAACUUCUCACCAUUUUACAGUCAGUAAACCUCCCGCUGCAACCCUGCGCAUUCUCUGCUAAGGAAGAACGAGAGAAAGAGAGAGAGAGAGAUCUUUUGGGAGAGAGGAUGGCUGGGUACACGAGCAUGGGAGACGCUCAAAGAAGGCUCUCAGACUUUCUCUCUUACUUCGCCGACGCCGUGUCCUCUCAGGACGGCCCCUCUCUCGCUCCACUCUUCUCUCUCUCCUCCAACUCCCCCUACUUCCUCUCUCUUGCUGAUGCACUCGACGUUCUCCAGGAAGCAAAUAGGGUGGUUAAGCAAGUGGACAAGUAUGGGCAGCUUAGUGAAAUACUUCUCCCUUACUUGCGGUGUGUGCAAAGCUUCCGCAACAAUCAUUUUGUGGAUGCAUAUAAUGCUUUCGAGAAGUCUGCGAAUGCCUUUCUGCAGGAAUUUAGGAACUGGGAAUCUGCAUGGGCCAUGGAAGCUAUGUGCAUGGUUGCAUAUGAGAUGCGGAGACUAGCUGAAAUGGCUGACAGAGAGUUGGCUGCUGCUGGGAGAAACCCUGAGAAACUGAAAGGAGCAGGCUCUUUCUUAAUGAAAGUUUUUGGUGCUCUUGCUGGAAAAGGUCCCAAACGUGUGGGUGCAUUAUAUGUUACCUGCCAAUUGUUAAAAGUGUAUUUUAAGCUUGGAACCGUUCACCUUUGUCGAAGUGUAAUAAGGAGUAUUGAAACUGCUCGUAUUUUUGAUUUUGAGGAAUUCCCAACCAGAGACAAGGUUACAUACAUGUACUAUACUGGCCGUUUGGAGGUUUUCAAUGAGAAUUUUCUUGCUGCAGAGCAGAAACUCAUGUAUGCCUUGGGACAUUGCAACCCUCACCAUGAAGCAAAUAUAAGGAUGAUUCUCAAGUACCUUGUACCUGUAAAGCUUUCACUUGGCAUCCUGCCCAAAAAUCAGCUACUAGAGAGAUACAAUCUUCUUGAGUAUGCUAAUGUUGUAGAAGCAUUGCGAAGAGGUGAUCUCAGGCUGCUUCGACAUGCCUUGCAAGAGCAUGAAGAUCGAUUCUUGAGAUCAGGUGUGUAUCUCGUCCUCGAAAAGCUUGAGCUUCAAGUUUACCAGAGAUUGGUAAAGAAAAUAUACAUAAUCCAAAAGCAAAAAGAUCCCAACAAAGCACACCAAGUUAAAUUGGAAGUCAUUGUGAAAGCCUUUAGAUGGCUUGAAAUAGAUAUGGAUGUUGAUGAGGUUGAAUGUAUAAUGGCCAUCCUCAUCCACAAGAAUCUGAUGAAAGGUUAUUUUGCCCAUAAAAGUAAAGUGGUAGUACUUAGCAAGCAGGAUCCUUUCCCCAGGCUAAAUGGAAGACCAGUGAAUUCAUAGAUUUGUAUUUGUGCUGAAACUUGGCCAUAAAAUUACAGGGUGAAAGAAAUGGAUGUGUAUUGGUAUCAGUUGCAAGUUUUUCCUGCAUGAAGCUUUGGCAGUUCCCCAGCACAUUUACUUUUUAUCCAAGAGUUGAGUUACAUGUGUAUCUAUUCAUAUUUAAUAAUAUGGAUGUAAUAUUCAUAAUGUUUUGUUUCAUCCAUAAAAUAUAAAUGUUUUGUUUUUUACUUUUAAAUAUAAUGCACUUUUACCA